ACCAGCGGGUGCUGGGGCCCGGCGUCUCCUACAUCGUUCGGUACAUGGGGUGCAUCGAGGUCCUGCGCUCCAUGAGGUCCCUCGACUUCAAUACCCGGACACAGGUCACCAGGGAAGCCAUCAACAGACUGUAUGAGGCGGUGCCGGGCGUCAAGGGCAUCUGGAAGAAGAAGGCUCCCAACAAAGCCCUCUUCUCCAUCCUGGGCAAGAGCAACCUCCGCUUUGCUGGCAUGAGCAUUGCUGUCAACAUCUCCGUGGAUGGGUUGAACCUCAUGAUCCCCACCACACGUCAGAUCAUCGCCAACCACCACAUGCAAUCCAUCUCCUUCGCCUCCGGCGGGGACACGGACACCACGGACUAUGUUGCCUACGUUGCCAAGGACCCCAUCAACCAGAGAGCCUGCCACAUCCUGGAGUGCUGCGAGGGGCUGGCACAGAGCGUCAUCAGCACAGUGGGACAGGCCUUCGAGCUGCGCUUCAAGCAGUACCUGCACAGCCCCCCCACCGUGGUGGCACCCCCGGAAAGGGCUAUGGGUGCAGAGGAGGUGUCCUGGGGGGAGGACGAGGAGGCGGCCAAGCACGAUUACUACAACAGCAUCCCGGGGAAGGAGCCACCCCCAGGAGGGCUGAUCGAUUCCCGGCUCAGGCAGGGCCACAUCAACACUCAGCCCUCCGGCUCUGGCCCCCCCAGCCAGGGUGGGUUUGCAGCCCGACGAGACCAGAGCAUCCAGCUGGGGCCACCCCGGGACCAGGACAGCCAGGGCCAGACCUGCGACGGGUACCUGGAGGCAGACACCCACCCGCUGGGGCCACGGGACUAUGAGGAGCACUUGUACGUGAACACGCAGAGCCUGGAUGCCUGGGAACCGGAGGCCCAUGGGGUGCCAGAGGAGAGCCCCAAAAAGGACCUGUUUGAUAUGAGGCCGUUCGAGGAUGCCCUGAAGCUCCACGAGUGCAUCGCGGGGGGCAGCACCAGUCCCCCCAUCGAGGACCAGUGGCCGAGCCCCCCCACGCGGAAAGCCCCCAUCGCCCCCACAGAGGAGCAGCUCCGUCGGGAGCCGUGGUACCACGGGAGGAUGAGCCGGCGGGACGCCGAGAGGCUCCUGCAGACGGACGGGGACUUCCUGGUGCGGGACAGCCUGACCAACCCCGGGCAGUAUGUGCUGACAGGGAUGCAGAGCGGGCAACCCCGGCACCUGCUGCUGGUGGAUCCCGAGGGCGUGGUGAGGACCAAGGAUGUGCUGUUCGAGAGCAUCAGCCACCUCAUCAGCCACCACCGGCAGAACGAUCAGCCCAUCGUGGCCGCCGAGAGUGAGCUGCACCUUCGCCAGGUUGUCCAGAGGAAGCAGUGAUGCCGAGGGGUACGUGAGCUCUGUGCACCAGAGCCCAGGGCAAAGCCGAGGCCCCUCCACACUCCCCUUCUCCGGUUGCUCCUCAGCUCUGAGUUGGGCUCUCGAAAUUUUCAGCUGGAUUCUUCCCAGGAGCAGCUGCCGUGUGAAGCUCCCGGUGUCCCCA